AUGGAUCAAAUCCCAAUCCCCACCAUUGAUUUCAGUGUUUUUCAGGAUGGUCACAAUCAUGUUCAAGAGUGUGGGAGAAAUGAAUUGAUCAACAAUGGCGCCGUAGAUCCUUGGUUUGAAUUGGACAGUGAGGAUCUUGAUUCUCUUUACACAGUAUUUGACCUUAAAUAUCAAGAUAAUACAGCAGACAAACAAGUACAGUCACUGGAAGAUCAGCAACAAAGCAUUUCAGAUCACUGGACCCAAAGUGAUGAUUCUUCCAACAUGGACUUGCCCCUGCAGUUUAUCCAAAUUAAAACGACCCCCGAAGCAUCUGAUGGGAUUCAGCCUCAGGAGCCAAGGCUUGACAAUUUCCAUGGAGAGAAAACAAAUUCCAUUUCUUUAGCAUCUUUGGAGCUCUUGAACAAUUGUGGGAGAUUGUUCAAGAAACCAAGUGAGGAAAACUUGAGCAACGUAUUACUCAGCAACGAGGCUCGUGUAAGUAACAUCUCUAAGUUGUCAACAGAAGAAAUCUUACGAGUUGCAGGAGAAAGAUAUAUCCAGUACUCCACCCAAAGGGUAGAUGGUCUUUCUAUGUUUAUACAUCCAUAUGCUUCAUCACUUUCGGGCCUUUCCAUAGAGGAAACAAAGGACAUGGAACUUGUUCACCUCCUUCUAGCUGCUGCAGAAGAAGUGGAUCAGCAGCAAUUUCAUUUGGCUAGCCAAUCUAUUGCACACUGCCUGUGGAAGGCAUCUGCUACAGGUAAUCCAAUCCAGAGACUUUGUUUCUAUUUUGGUGAAGCUUUACAAGAAAGGAUUGAUCGAGAAAUAGGAAGGUCCCCAUGUUUCGAAAGAAAGUUAAGAUUUUUAAGCACUCUGGCAUUAGGUAAUACUCCUGAAUCCUUAACAUGCCAUACAGAGAUUCCCUUCAGUCAAGUAAUGCAAUUCGCGGGAAAUCAGGCAAUAGUUGAAUAUGUUAAAGGUGCAACCAAGAUCCAUUUGGUUGACUUUAAUAUUAGAAGUGGAAUUCAGUGGACAGGAUUGAUGCAAGCUCUUUCCGAACGACGUAACUGUCCAAUUGAGCUUCUGAAAAUUACAGCCAUUGGACACCAAGAAAAACAGAAAAUAGAAGAAACAGGCAAGAGAUUACAAAGUUUUGCCAAUUCCUUGAAUCUUCCCUUUUCAUUUGAUAUGAUCUUUAUGUCUGACAUGAAAGAUCUCAAGGCAGAAUCAGUCAAUCUUAAAGCAGAUGAAACUGUAGCUGUCUAUUGUUACACUGUACUUAGAACAAUGAUCUGCAGGCAAGAUUAUUUGGACAACACGAUGCGAGUAAUCAGAGGACUAAGACCAUCUGUGGUUGUUGUCUGUGAAGUUGAGGCAAACCUUAAUUCACCUUCAUUUUUGAACCGUUUCGUGGAGGCACUUUUCUUUUAUAGUGUGCUUUUUGAUUGCUUUGAAGACUGCAUGGAUAGAGACAAUUUGGUCAGAAAGAGGAUUGAAGUAUUUCAUAUUGGUGAAGGAAUCCGGAAUAUGGUUGCAGCUGAGGGUGCAGAAAGGUUCACUCGGAAUGUAAAGCUUGAUGUAUGGAGAGCAUACUUUGCAAGGUUUGGAAUGGUGGAAAUGGAGCUCAGCGAGUCAUCUCGAUAUCAAGCAAAUCUGAUUCUAAAGCAAUUUUCCCAUGGCAGUUCUUGCAUUGUUCAAAAGGAUGGAAAGGCCCUCCUAGUUGGAUGGAAGGGAACACCCAUUGAAUCAGUUUCUAUUUGGAAGUUCUUGUAA